ACGUCUGCUCCGCCCCAUCCCGCCGACUCCGGCGUAGCUCCGCCCCCAGGGAUCCAGGAACUCUGCGCCCAGCCGAAUCGUCGGAAAAACCCGGAGUGGCAAAUCCGGGAGCGGCCCUGGGCGCUGGAGUUUCAGAGCUUGCGCAGAAGGCGUCCGAGGCGCAUGCUCCUUGGCGGUCCCGGACCCCGCGGUCUGGCUACCGCGCUGGCCUCCUUGGCCCACGGAAUUCCGGGCCGGCUGCGGACAUGGCGGCCAGCCUGUGGAUGGGCGAUCAUCGCGUAGCCAAACCCGCGUGGGCUCUGGAACCCGGACUGAGGAGCCUGCUUGCUGGCUGGCCUGAAUCGCUCUGCUCUUGUAUUUACGCAGCUGGAGCCCUACAUGGAUGAGAAUUUCAUCUCCAGAGCCUUUGCCACCAUGGGGGAGACCGUAAUGAGCGUCAAAAUUAUCCGAAACCGCCUCACUGGAAUCCCAGCUGGCUACUGUUUUGUAGAAUUCGCAGAUUUGGCCACAGCCGAGAAGUGUUUGCAUAAAAUUAAUGGGAAACCCCUUCCCGGAGCCACACCUGCAAAACGUUUUAAACUGAACUAUGCCACUUAUGGGAAACAACCAGAUAACAGCCCUGAGUACUCCCUGUUUGUGGGGGACCUGACCCCAGACGUGGAUGACGGCAUGCUGUAUGAAUUCUUCGUCAAAGUCUACCCCUCCUGUCGGGGAGGCAAGGUGGUUUUGGACCAGACAGGCGUGUCUAAGGGCUAUGGUUUCGUGAAAUUCACAGAUGAACUGGAACAGAAGCGAGCUCUGACUGAGUGCCAGGGAGCAGUUGGCUUAGGGUCUAAACCAGUUCGGCUGAGUGUGGCAAUCCCCAAAGCGAGCCGCGUGAAACCAGUGGAAUAUAGUCAGAUGUAUAGUUACAGCUACAACCAGUAUUACCAGCAGUACCAGAACUACUAUGCCCAGUGGGGCUAUGACCAGAACACAGGCAGCUACAGCUACAGCUACCCCCAGUAUGGCUACACACAGAGCACCAUGCAGACAUACGAAGAAGUCGGGGACGACGCAUUGGAAGCUUAUGAGGCUUCCAGUUUCUCCACAUCCUCACCAGUGAUUGUUACUCUUUUUCAUUACAGCCACACUGACCCCAUGCCGCAGUUGGAUGUGACGGAGGCCAACAAGGAGUUCAUGGAGCAGAGUGAGGAGCUGUAUGAUGCACUGAUGGACUGUCACUGGCAGCCCCUGGACACAGUCUCUUCAGAGAUCCCUGCCAUGAUGUAGUCAGGACAAAGGACAAACAAACGGACUGUGUGAUGGAGAUAAGAGACUCCUUUUUAACAAAAGUAUUGGAAGAACUUUUACCUUUUUGGAAACGUUUUGUAAGAUUUUAGUAACCAACUAUUCGGAUUAUGACUGUUCUUGCACCACCACUCCCUUCGACAGCCUUUUGAGUUUGAAAACCAAGGUGCCGUUAAACAAGGUUUUCCAAUUUGUCUUUGAACAAUUGUUCCAGGUAGGGUUAUGUACACUCUUGGAGAGAAGAAUUUGGAGUCAUUAAUGAAGUGGAGCGUAUGAUUUAUUCAACCCAGGAGCCUUUUUCCAGUGACACUAUAUCCUUACCCCCUGUGAAGUCAGAAUGCAUGAAUUACCUGCUGUUAUGCCAAAUGAUGGGCAACGUUGAUCUUCCAUUUCAAGUACCCUUUGUCCCCAUCCCCCACGCUUAAGUUUGGUGGCUAGGGCAGACUGAAGUUCCUUAGACAUUCCAGCUGGGAAAGCAGCUGUGUGGCCUAUGUGGUAGGAAGUCAUGGAGCCAGCUACAUCUAGACCAAAAGGCUCAAGAGUUAGGGCAUGCUCCAAGGGCAGGUCUGACUUUGAGGUAAGCCAUGGUUGAACAUUACUGACAUCUGUGUGCCUAGCCGGUUUCUUUCUUUUUUUUAACUUUCUAUAUAUUUUUAAUAAUUUACAUCCACCUGGCUUGUUUCUUGACCUUAAUUUCAUUUAGUAGAUGUGAGUCCUCUUACACAGAUCUCCAGCA